AUGUCCUGCAUGAAGAAGAUAUGGCGCUAUGCAAUAGAAACGUCUCAAUUUUACAACUGUUUAUUAAUGCAAAUUGACGUAUGUGCCAAUGACACGGUAACACAACUUAAAAUCGACAAUAAUCCAUUUGCCAAAGGGUUCCGUGAUGCCGGUGCUGGGAAACGUGAGAAGAAACGGUUAAUGAACAGGACGGAAUGCAACGCAACCAAUACCGGUAUCUCGAAAUCGGUGAUUUCUCUGAAUGACGAUUCUGUAACAUCUGAAUCACCGGCUGCUCGAGCAGGCAGCUCGAUGGACUCAGAUCGUUCGGAUGACGACGACUCGCCACCCCUUCCGAAACGAGCCCGGAGUAGUCAGAGCACCACUGAUGACUCAUUACAAAAUAGGAAUCAUCUGUUCCAGAAUCAUAACCUUCAUCAGCACCUCCAACUUUUACAGAAUCAUCGAUUACUAUCGAAGGAGGCUGUCAACUUCCAAUUAUUCCAUCCGGUUGGUAUCGGAGGUGGUGGUGGUGGCGGAGGCGGAGGCGGCGGUCCGCCACCACCACCACCUUCUUUCGCACCAUUCUUUCAGAACUACGGGUUUCAUCCCGCUGCCGAGUUUUUCUUUCCCGCUUCUCCUUUUCCCCGCGGUUUCUUAAUGCAUCAAGCAGCUGCUGCGGCUGCAGCAGCACAAUUUUCGCCCUACCUGCUUCGGCCAUCUCUACCCGCUCCUCCACUUUCUGCUUCUCAGGCAGUUAAUCCACCUACACCAUCCCCCGCUUUCGUUACUGUGUCGAAGUCGCUAUCAUCGGUUGGAAAUACCGCUAUUCCGUCAACCGCUAACGGAAUGCCACGACCUCCAGCCCCUACAACGGGAAAAUCGACAGUAGCUCCGAAAAAGGGAGGAUUCGAUGUAUCUGAUCUCCUUGCAUAA